GCGUCUGGGGCGCUGUGAGGGAGCGGAGCGGGCGCUGCCGCCGCCGCCGCCCCGGCCGCGGUCAUGGGGCCGCUGUCGGUGCUGCCGCUCCUGCCCGUGCUGCUGCUGGCGCUGUGGGGGCUCGGCGGAGCGCGGGCUGAGGACGUGUGUGGUGCUCCAGACAGGCUGCGAUUUGCAGAGCUGGAGGAGAAGUUCAGAGGAAUACAGACUUUUCCUGUUGGAAGUCAAGUCUCCUUCAUCUGCCGGCCGGGAUAUAUGAGAAGCCCUGGAAAAUCCUUAACUCUUACUUGUGGUCCUGACUUACAGUGGUCACCCAAAGAGCAGUUCUGUAUAGAGAGAAGAUGUAAGCACCCAGGAGAGUUAACACAUGGUAUUGUUGGUGUGACAGAUCUUACAUUUGGUUCAAUUAUUACUUUUUCUUGUCAAGAAGGGUACAGAUUACUUGGAAAUGAUAAGAUUACCUGUGUAGUUAUGAAGGGAGGUGUUGACUGGGAUGGUCAGAUGCCUUACUGUGAAGUGAUUCCGUGUGAACCACCUCCCAGCAUCACCAACGGGCGCCACACGGAAGCGACCGACUACGUGUAUCAGACUACAGUGAGGUACUCCUGUGAUAAAGUUCCAGCAGGCUCAGAUCCCUUCUCCCUCAUUGGCUCAGAUACAAUUUACUGCACGGCUGAUGAACACUCAAAUGGAGUUUGGAGCGGGCCACCUCCACAGUGUAGAGUGGUCAAAUGUGAAAACCCGAGAGUUAAAAAUGGGCAAAAAAUAUCUGGAUUUGGGCCUUCCUAUACUUACAAGGACUCGGUCCAGUUUCAGUGUAAUGCAGGCUAUUACAUGGUCGGAGAAGAGAUGAUUUACUGUUCAGAAAAUAACGCCUGGUCUCCUCCACCACCAAUUUGUACGAAAAAUGUGUGUGAUGCUCCAGAGGUCACAAAUGGAGCCGUGGUUCCGGUGAAAUCUGUCUAUAAUGAAGGAGAAUCUGUUCAGAUAAAGUGCAAUGCUGACUGCUCUUUUCCUGAUGGCACUAAAGAAGUGACAGUGGCUUGUCAGGGACAGAAGACGUGGAGUUAUUUUCCAAAGUGUACAUGUGGACCUGAAAGUCCUGGUUCCACUCCAGGUACAAGUCCUCCUUCCACUCCAGGCAUAAGUUCUGGUUCCACUCCAGGCAUAAGUUCUGGUUCCACUCCAGGCAUAAAUUAUGGUAGAGUAGUUGUGGGACAAAAGCCUUCCUAUGUUGUGGGGGAUUGUAUUACGAUUGAAUGCUACGCAGGGUACACGUUACAUGGUGAAGCUGAAAUUCGGUAUAUGGGAGGAAACCAGUGGGCUCCUGAAGUGCCAACCUGCCAGCUGAGUGGAUAUGUCAUAGCCUGCAUCUGUGUGCUUGUGGUAAUUGUGGUGCUCCUGGCAGCCUUCUGGACCUAUAAGAAAUUCUUUUCACAGAAUGGCAGCAAUGUUGGUGUCCCUGUGCAAAAGACUGUAAAUCAACUGUAAAUAUUAGAUUCAUACAUAGGAAACGCGACGGCACUUCAUGUACUGCCGAAUAUAAGAUCUGUAAAGCAUGAAUGACCUUUUUUGGGGGGGGGUGGGGGGGAGGUGGGAAAGGACUUGCAGUGGAAUAUCCCUGUGAGAAAUGGAAAACAAUUGCACUCGCAUUGAGUAGCCAAGUAUCUCGUGCUGUGUCGUCUUGUGGUGGUUUAAACGUAGGAGGAGAUGAUUCAUGGGGUAAAAAGUGUGUAUGCAGUUAUGUAGACGGUUUUUCCUCAUGGCCCACUGUCUUUCCUCGUGGCUGCAUUGUCCUGUCCGUGUUUGUGCCAUGGUCUGUAGGACCUGUAGCAUUCCAGAGUGUCUGCCUGCAGGAGUGCUGACUGUCCCAGUGCCAGCUGCUGCUGCCAUCAGCGCUACCCCUUUGCCCACAGAAGACUGUCCAAUAUGCUCUGUUCUUUUAUAGUUCUGCUCACCAAAGCUGUGUCCUCCUCCUCCUUUUUUUGUGGCUGUUGUCCCUUGUGUUCUGAAAUGUGUUGUUGUUAUUAUUAUUUUCCAUGAGAGAUCGGUGUCAUUGAAGGCUGUGUCUUUUUGAAGCUAUCACAGGUCAGAUCAUGUGCUCUACGUCUUUUUUUUUGCCAGAGUUGAUUUCUGUGUAUCUAAUGAAUUAAAGUGUGCCUUUAAAUCAGAGUUUUAUAGCUUUUCCUUUGCUUUUAAGAAGGAAAAAAGCCAUAUAUAUUUCUGACUCUUUGAUACAAUCCUGCAAAGGCCACAGUGGAUUUGUUAUAGUAGAAAACUGGAGGUUUCUGUAGCAAAGACAUCCCCUACCUUUGAAUCUGUUGGCCUGUUCUGGAAGUUACCUAAUUAAAGGUACUGUUGAGAAAUCAGUGGUACCAUGUCCUGUCAUGAGCACAGUGUAAGUCCCUUUGUGGGCUCGAUUUUUUUUUUAUUGAGCCUUGAUGUCAGUUCUGGAGAUACUUUGCUCCUUUUCAGGAUAGGAAAGGUGCUGUGUGGAUCCACCUUCCUUGCUUUUUUCCUUGAAAUCAUGUAUUCCACUUUUCAAAUCUCUGUAUACAGACAGUGAUGUUAAUCAAGCUCUGUAAUGAUGGAUUUAUUAUAUACCUGUUCAGAAAGAGAAGCCUUUCCCUGUCAGACUCACUUUUCAUGUUGAAGGAAAACCAAAGCAGUUUAGUGCUGGGAGUGCAGGACUGCGUGUGCUGGCAGUGGUGGUAGAUGAGGUCUCUCUUUAGCUCCUUAACACAAUGUUUUAGUCCAGACCGUGACUCCAGGAGUUGGCAAACGAGCUUGCUGUGAAUCGAGACUCGUUGCUGCUUCUAAUUCCUUAUCAAAACCAAAAGCCUAAUUAGGAACAGGCUUUUAGCUUCAGGGAUCUCACUGUCAGCCUCCAGGCAGCUUCUGAGAACCAAUUCUCCCAGAAAAACCAAAUUGCCUCACUUCAGGAGCCUGGGGUAGCAUUGAAACUGUUCUGGCUUGUCUGUGGUGGCUUGGCACUGCUCCACUGUCAUCAACUGAUUGUUGGAGUAACAGAGAACUGUUUGGGGCUUUAUAGGGCUUUUUGGGACAAUCCCAGCAGUUGCAUUGUUAGAGCCCAUAAUAGUCUGUGGUUUUUACAAAGGGGUUUUGGCUCCCCAGGAUGACUUGCUGGUUGAUAUCUUAGUUUGAGAAUUGUUUGUAAACACUGUAUUGUGUGACUGGGGGGUUUGAGUGUGGGGGUCACCAGCUCAGCUUGCUCUGUGUGGCAUCUGCAAUGUGCUAAAACCAAGCUGAAAUGCACUUAAAGCUAAGCUGAAAUCACUGUAAAAAUUUGCCUUAUUUUUACACUUCUUUCCGGAUGUAAAGACAUAGUGAUACCUUGUAAUAUUGCAAAUAAAAAUGUUAAAUUAUUUA